UUGGGGACAAAGUCUCUCCUGAAUGCGGAGAAGCUCCUUUCAGCUCCUGUGGGACACAGCCAGAGCCAUCACGCUGGAGAACACCCUUGUCAUCCUGUCAACGGUGGCCCCUGACGCAGGUCGCUACUACGUGCAGGCUGUUAACGACAAGAAUGGGGAUAACAAGACCAGCCAGCCCAUCACGCUCGCCGUGGAGAAUGUAGGGGGGCCUGCAGACCCCAUCGCACCCACCAUCAUCAUCCCACCUAAAAACACCAGCGUGGUGGCCGGGACCUCGGAGGUUACCUUGGAGUGUGUGGCCAAUGCCAGGCCCCUGAUCAAGCUGCAUAUAAUUUGGAAGAAGGACGGGAUGUUGCUGUCAGGCGGCAUCAGUGACCACAACCGCCGGCUCACCAUCCCCAACCCCACUGGCAGCGACGCUGGCUACUACGAGUGCGAGGCUGUCCUGCGCAGCAGCAGCGUCCCCUCUGUGGUCCGGGGCGCCUACCUCUCGGUGCUGGAACCACCUCAGUUUGUCAAGGAGCCAGAAAGACACAUCACUGCAGAGAUGGAGAAAGUGGUGGACAUCCCCUGUCGGGCCAAAGGUGUGCCGCCGCCCUCCAUCACCUGGUACAAGGAUGCGGCCGUGGUGGAGGUGGAGAAGCUGGCCCGCUUCCGGCAGCGCAGCGACGGGGGCCUGCAGAUCAGCGGCCUGGUGCCCGAUGACACCGGCAUGUUCCAGUGCUUCGCCCGCAAUGCAGCCGGCGAGGUGCAAACUUCCACCUACCUGGCUGUCACCAGCAUCGCCCCUAACAUCACCAGAGGCCCCCUGGACAGCACGGUGAUCGAUGGCAUGUCAGUGGUGCUAGCAUGUGAGACCUCGGGGGCGCCCCGACCAGCUAUCACUUGGCAGAAAGGGGAGCGCAUCUUGGCCAGUGGCUCCGUGCAGCUGCCUCGCUUUACGCCCCUGGAGUCGGGCAGCCUUCUCAUCAGCCCCACACAUAUCUCCGAUGCGGGGACCUACACCUGCCUGGCCACCAACUCUCGGGGGGUCGACGAGGCCUCAGCAGACCUAGUCGUUUGGGCUCGGACCCGCAUCACCAAGCCCCCGCAGGACCAGAGUGUCAUCAAGGGCACCCAGGCCUCCAUGGUGUGCGGAGUGAGCCAUGACCCCCGAGUGACGGUCAGGUACAUCUGGGAGAAGGACGGGGCCACCCUGGGCGUGGAGAGCAAUCCCCGUAUCCGCCUGGACAGAAACGGCUCCCUGCACAUCUCACAGACGUGGUCGGGAGACAUCGGCACGUACACCUGCCGGGUGAUCUCGGCGGGAGGCAACGACUCUCGCAGUGCCCACCUGCGAGUCAGGCAACUGCCCCACGCACCCGAGCACCCAGUGGCCACUCUCAGCACCGUGGAAAGACGAGCCAUCAACCUGACGUGGACCAAGCCCUUUGACGGCAACAGCCCCCUGCUCCGCUACGUCCUGGAGAUGUCGGAGAACAAUGCCCCCUGGACUAUACUCCUGGCCAGUGUGGACCCCAAAGCUACCUCAGUGACAGUCAAGGGCCUGGUUCCUGCACGCUCCUACCAGUUCCGUCUUUGUGCCGUCAACGAUGUGGGGAAAGGACAGUUCAGCAAAGACACCGAGAGGGUCUCCCUCCCUGAGGAGCCCCCCACGGCCCCUCCACAGAACGUCAUUGCCAGCGGUCGAACCAACCAGUCCAUCAUGAUCCAGUGGCAGCCGCCUCCUGAGAGCCACCAGAAUGGGAUUCUCAAGGGCUACAUCAUCAGGUACUGCCUGGCCGGGCUGCCCGUGGGGUACCAGUUUAAGAACAUCACGGACGCUGAUGUAAACAACCUGCUGCUGGAGGACCUCAUCAUUUGGACCAACUAUGAGAUCGAGGUGGCUGCUUACAACAGCGCUGGGCUGGGCGUCUACAGCAGUAAAGUCACCGAGUGGACGCUGCAGGGAGUCCCAGCUCUGCCUCUUGCUGGCGACCUGCACGCACAUAGUAAGAGUUCAACAGGGCUUGGCCUCCUCUGGAACCUUCCUGCUGCCCUGUGUGACUUGCUGGCCUCUCUGCAGCUGAUCGCCUGGGAGCCAGAGCAGGAAGAGGAGGUUACCAUGGUGACCGCCCGGCCUAACUUUCAAGACAGCAUCCACGUGGGCUUCGUGUCUGGCCUGAAGAAGUUCACCGAGUACUUCACCUCGGUGCUGUGUUUCACCACCCCCGGGGAUGGGCCACGCAGCACCCCGCAGCUGGUGCGCACCCAUGAGGAUGUGCCUGGGCCCGUGGGACACCUGAGCUUCAGUGAGAUUCUGGACACGUCGCUGAAGGUCAGCUGGCAAGAGCCGGGAGAGAAAAACGGCAUCCUCACAGGGUACCGGAUCUCCUGGGAGGAGUACAACCGAACCAACACCCGUGUGACCCACUACCUGCCCAAUGUGACCCUGGAGUACCGUGUCACAGGCCUCACCGCACUUACCACCUACACCAUUGAGGUGGCCGCCAUGACCUCGAAGGGCCAGGGCCAAGUGUCCGCCUCCACCAUCUCUUCUGGGGUGCCCCCAGAACUCCCAGGACCCCCCACCAACCUGGGCAUUUCCAACAUCGGCCCCCGCUCCGUGACCUUGCAGUUCAGGCCCGGCUACGAUGGGAAAACCUCCAUCUCCCGCUGGCUGGUGGAAGCCCAGGUAGGCGUGGUCGGGGAGGGAGAGGAGUGGUUGCUGAUCCACCAGCUCUCCAACGAGCCCGAUGCCCGCUCCAUGGAGGUGCCCGACCUCAACCCCUUCACCUACUACAGCUUCCGCAUGCGCCAGGUGAACAUCGUGGGCACCAGCCCCCCCAGUCAGCCUUCUAGAAAGAUCCAGACCCUGCAGGCACCCCCUGACAUGGCCCCAGCCAACGUGUCUCUGCGCACGGCCAGUGAGACCAGCCUGUGGCUGCGCUGGAUGCCUCUCCCGGAGAUGGAAUACAAUGGGAACCCUGAGUCCGUGGGCUACAAGAUCAAGUACAGCCGGUCAGAUGGGCACGGCAAGACGCUGAGCCACGUGGUGCAGGACCGCGUGGAGCGGGAGUACACCAUUGAGGACUUGGAGGAGUGGACGGAGUACCGCGUCCAGGUCCAGGCCUUCAAUGCCAUCGGGAGCGGGCCCUGGAGCCAGACGGUGGUGGGCAGGACCCGGGAGUCAGUCCCCUCUUCUGGCCCCACCAACGUGUCCGCACUGGCCACCACCUCCAGCAGCAUGCUGGUGCGCUGGAGCGAGGUCCCCGAAGCUGAUCGCAAUGGGCUUGUGCUGGGCUAUAAGGUGAUAUAUAAGGAGAAGGACUCGGACGCCCAGCCCCGAUUCUGGCUGGUGGAAGGCAACUCGUCUCGCAGUGCCCAGCUCACCGGCUUGGGCAAAUAUGUGCUCUAUGAGGUCCAGGUGCUGGCCUUCACACGCAUCGGGGACGGCAGCCCCAGCCACCCUCCCAUCCUGGAGCGGACGCUGGACGAUGUCCCAGGACCACCCAUGGGCAUCCUGUUCCCAGAGGUGCGGACCACGUCGGUGCGGCUGAUCUGGCAGCCCCCUGCUGCCCCCAAUGGCAUCAUUCUUGCUUACCAGAUCACACACCGGCUCAACACCACCACGGCCAACACCGCCACCGUGGAGGUGCUGGCACCCAGCGCCCGGCAGUACACAGCUACGGGUCUCAAGCCAGAGUCUGUCUACCUGUUCCGCAUCACGGCCCAGACCCGCAAGGGCUGGGGAGAUGCUGCCGAGGCCUUGGUGGUGACCACCGAGAAGAGAGACCGCCCGCAGCCCCCCAGCAGGCCCGUGGUGCAGCAGGAGGAUGUGAGAGCACGCAGCGUGCUGCUGUCCUGGGAGCCGGGGAGCGACGGGCUCUCCCCUGUGCGCUACUACACCAUCCAGACCCGCGAGCUGCCCAGCGGCAGGUGGACACUGCACUCGGCCUCCGUGAGCCACAACGCCUCCAGCUUCAUUGUGGACAGGCUGAAGCCCUUCACAUCCUACAAGUUCCGAGUGAAGGCGACCAAUGACAUUGGCGACAGCGAGUUCAGCGAGGAGUCGGAGUCGCUGACCACCCUGCAGGCCGCCCCCGAUGAAGCACCCACCAUCCUCUCAGUGACGCCCCACACCACCACCUCCGUGCUAAUCCGAUGGCAGCCGCCAGCAGAGGACAAGAUCAAUGGCAUCCUCCUGGGCUUCCGGAUCCGAUACCGGGAGCUGCUCUAUGAAGGACUGAGGGGCUUCACGCUUCGAGGCAUCAACAACCCAGGCGCCACAUGGGCCGAGCUUACCUCCAUGUACUCCAUGCGGAACCUGAGCCGGCCCAGCCUCACCCAGUACGAGCUGGACAACCUGAACAAGCACAGGCGGUACGAGAUACGGAUGAGCGUGUACAACGCUGUGGGCGAGGGGCCCUCCAGCACCCCGCAGGAAGUCUUUGUCGGGGAGGCAGUGCCCACAGCAGCACCUCGUAACGUGGUCGUCCACGGCGCCACGGCCACACAGCUGGACGUGACUUGGGAGCCACCUCCGCUGGACAGCCAGAAUGGAGACAUCCAGGGGUACAAGAUUUAUUUCUGGGAAGCCCAGCGGGGGAACCUCACGGAGCGAGUGAAGACGCUUUUCCUGGCUGAGAACAGUGUGAAGCUCAAGAACUUGACGGGUUACACGGCCUACAUGGUCAGCGUGGCCGCCUUCAACGCCGCUGGGGAUGGGCCUCGGAGCACCCCCACCCAAGGCCAGACCCAGCAAGCAGCCCCCAGCGCUCCCAGCUCCGUCAAGUUCAGUGAGCUGACCACAACCUCGGUGAACGUGUCCUGGGAAGCCCCGCAGUUCCCCAACGGCGUCCUGGGGGGCUAUCGGCUGGUGUACGAACCCUGCAGCCCCGUGGAUGGCGUCAGCAAGAUCGUGACAGUGGACGUGAAGGGGAACAGCCCCCUGUGGCUGAAGGUGAAGGACCUGGCGGAGGGGGUGACCUACAGGUUCCGCAUCAGAGCCAAGACCUUCACCUACGGGCCGGAGAUCGAAGCUAACGUCACCACAGGCCCCGGAGAAGGUGCCCCAGGACCGCCCGGCGUGCCCAUCAUCGUGCGGUACAGCUCCGCCAUCGCCAUCCACUGGUCCAGCGGAGACCCGGGCAAAGGGCCCAUCACCCGCUACGUCAUCGAGGCCAGGCCUUCAGACGAGGGACUAUGGGACAUCCUCAUCAAAGACAUCCCCAAGGAGGUGAGCUCCUACACGUUCAGCAUGGACAUCCUGAAACCGGGCGUGAGCUAUGACUUCCGGGUCAUCGCGGUCAACGACUACGGCUUCGGCACCCCCAGCAGCCCCUCCCAGUCUGUGCCAGCCCAGAAAGCCAACCCCUUCUACGAGGAGUGGUGGUUCUUGGUGGUCAUCGCCCUGGUUGGCCUCAUCUUCAUUCUGCUUCUGGUCUUCGUGCUCAUCAUCCGGGGCCAGAGCAAGAAGUACGCCAAGAAGACAGAUUCAGGGAACAGUGCCAAGUCUGGAGCCCUAGGCCACAGCGAGAUGAUGAGCUUAGAUGAAAGCAGCUUCCCUGCCCUGGAACUCAACAACAGGCGGCUCUCCGUCAAGAAUUCUUUCUGCCGAAAGAACGGCCUGUACACCAGGUCUCCCCCCAGGCCCAGCCCGGGCAGCCUGCACUACUCGGAUGAGGAUGUCACCAAGUACAAUGACCUCAUCCCUGCAGAGAGCAGCAGCCUGACCGAGAAGCCCUCAGAAAUCUCCGACUCUCAGGGAAGUGACAGCGAGUACGAGGUCGACUCAAACCACCAGAAGGCCCACUCCUUUGUCAACCACUACAUCAGUGACCCCACAUACUACAACUCGUGGCGGCGGCAGCAAAAGGGCAUCUCAAGGGCACAGGCCUACAGCUACACUGAGAGCGACUCGGGUGAGCCGGAUCACGCUGCCGUCACCAACAACACCAGCACCCAGCAGGGCAGCCUCUUUCGGCCCAAGGCCAGUCGGACUCCAACGCCCCAGAACCCCCCUAAUCCCCCAAGUCAGCAGAGCACCCUCUACCGUCCCCCCAGCAGCCUGGCCCCUGGCUCCCGGGCUCCCAUAGCAGGAUUUUCAUCAUUUGUUUGACAUCGGAAGAGGAAAAAGCAAGAAAGAGAAAAGGCACCAAACUCCUCCUUCGCCCUCCUCUCACCGCCUGCCAGAAACACCAAGAAACCAAGUCAACUUUUCACCUCCUGAGUUUAUUUUUCCAGAGAUUCCAGGGCCAGCAAAGCCGGCGUUCAGAGGGAGGGAGAAAACCGUGAGAGGAUGUGUGUGGCCAGCAGCUCUUCAGCUUUGAGAUGGUGGGGUUCACUGCUCCCUUGGGAAUUACACGGAGCUGGGGAAGUGGUUGUGUCACUGCUGUGGACACAGAGUGGGGUGGGCCUCUGGAGAGAGAGGGGGAGCGAAGGCUGAGGACUGGAGGCCGCCAGGCAGGCGUGGCUAAGGAAGAAGCUUCUGGAUGUCCACCCAGCUGCCCCCUUCCAGUCCCUGCGGGACCACCGGACCCACUGCCACUGCUCUCUGCAAAAAGGAUGGGCAUCCCGGAGGCCACGCCUGCCUUCUCUCCCUGCUCCUCCUUCCCCUCUCCCUCCAUGCACCAUCACCAUGGCUGGCAGGCAUCGGACAGCCUUGUCCAGACCCCCUGUCCUGUCUUGGCAACCUCUACUGCCCACCUCCCCUGCUCAACUUCUCCACCAAGCAUUUGGUUUAUUUAGAAAAAGGAAGAGAAAAAAAAAACUAAAGGGUGAGAAUUUGCGUAGCGCCUUCCUUGUUCCUGCAUAUUUUUUUAAAAUUUGAAACCAAGGAAGUGAGUCCAAGGGUAGAGGAGAAAUCCCCCACAACUGACCCUGCCUCCCCGUGCUGGAACUGACUUUCCUGCGCACGGACAAGGAAAGGUGGAGUCUGGGGAGCAGAGGUGUAAAUAAGGCAACUGGCCUGGGCACUGUGGGAUAAUUAGGUUUAAUGCAUUGUGGGCAAGAUAAGAAUGACGCUGUGACUGUUCUCUUUCUUCCAAUCCAGGUUCCAUCUGUCCCAUCUUUAAAGGACUAGUCAGCUUCCCUAGGCUGGGGAGUGGGGCACAGGUGAGGGAUCUCCCUCUGGGCAGACACGUCACUCUCCAGUGGAUAGAUCCUCACCACACACACACACACACACACACACACACACCUCCCAUGCACUUGCAAGGAACAGGGUCUAGGAAUCCUCUCCAGAACAGACUCAUUUGGGUCCUCCUAGCCAGACAGCACACUCACUUUCAGAUCUGUGUCCCUCUCGCUGUCGCCUGGCAGCCUCCUAAGCACAGACGCAUAGGAGCCCAGAGGGGUGGCCCAAGUCCCUGGUCCAGAGGCUGGAACACCCAGAAUUUGCUCAGUCUGCCUAGCACCCAGUUUACAGACAAAGAAGCAGAAGCACCCUAACCUCCAGCAACAGCUUCCAGGCUGGGCUUUGCCUGGCCAGGGCCGGGAGGGGAAGGGGCAGGUCAGGAAGCUCAGUCCAAAGUGGACCCAGCAUUGGAAUUGCACGCCCAGCAGGGGCAGGUCAGAUGGGACCAAGUGACAAGAAUAGCUGAUGGGAGGGAAAGCCUUUACACACACACACACAUGCGCGCACACACACACACACACACACAAUCUGCUCCAAGGAGUGUUCUGAAAAAAGCCACAUCUUGUGGCCAGGAUCUUCCUCUCCACCUGGUACUUACAGAUCUUACGGAUGCCAGGGUUUAGGGAGAGGCCUUUCCAUCUAACUCCAUAGGUUGUCCAAGGCCCUCUGUGAGCUCAGCCAGCCCUGUAAGGCCAGCCCAACACCUGCCCUACCGCUGAGAUGAGUGGCAGAUGGCCCGCAGAGGCCUGUCCGAUUCAGCGUGGGCCCCUUCGUGGAGCAGGGCUCUCUGUGUGUGCUGUGCACAGGCGCUGCUGGCCCUGCCCAAGAGGAGAUGAUGCCCUAUUGGGGUGGGUGAGCAGAGUUCGAGGAAGCCUAAGUAGGAGAUUGGGGAAACAAACCAAGGUAAGAGAGAGCCUGGACCCCUCCCCACCAGCCCCUAGGCAGUCACUGUGCUAAUGGUGACCGGGAAGGGAAGUCAGGGUCUGGGGCUCAAAGAACGGGCACACCCAGCCGUGAGUUUUUCCGGAAGCACUUGACCCCUGGGAAAUGUGAACAGGGCGGUGCUGGAAGAUGGCUCAGCAGACAGGCCAGCCCAGCUCCAGUGUCCGAACAGUGAUUUCUCCAGUGAGGAGGCCUUGGAAGGGAAGCACAGUCUUCCCCGAAGGAGAACCAAGGGCUGAGGUUUUGCCCCUCCAGGAAGUAAGGUGCUCUCGGGGCCUCCUUGGACUCAUCUGGGGGCUGCAGUGGAGUCAGCCGGACACCCUGCCCCACCCCUGCCUCCUCCGCCCCCACCCUCUGCAGCAUCUGGCGUCUCCAUGACAGCACAUCUGCAGCUGCCGGCCUGUGAUCCUGCUGCGCGGCUCUUCUUUUCUUUCCUCUCAUCUUUUUUUUUUUUAAAUAACUUCAUCCUUUUCCCUCUCUGCUGAGCAUUUAUCCAUUUAAGGAAGUUCCCAGUUUGCAUUAGGGAAUUAUUUUAGCCCAGCCCAGUGAGGGAUUAUUUGGGAGGAAGCAGGGGUGAGUAAAAACAUUGUGUCUGUGUAUAUAUCGCACAUGAGGCCAAUUUUCCUUUGCCUUUAAUGAAUCACCUAGUGCACUAAGAUAUUCCACCCCCUGCCUUCCCCACACGCUCAUUCGCACCCGUGCUAACACCUACGUGUACACGCGGGAUGGUGCCCAUGCACACCUGUGCUCACGCACAUGCACACACAAAUAUGCACAGAACACACAUCUGUCUGUGUGUUAGCAAAGAGACUCCUGCAGCUCCCUCUGAUGGCUGGAGCCAUCUCGCCCCUGUGGGGGCACAGGUGGCCUGGGUUGCUUGCACUUGGGGCGUGACUGGGAUCCAUUGUCUGAGAGGGCGAGGACACCAUGCAAAUUUAGACAAGCCCAUGAGAUCAGGCUGGGCCCGCGGUGAAAGUCCCACACUUAGUCAACACCCCCCUAUCCGGAAUAUUGUCUCCGCAGCCCCAGCCACAGCUGGAAGCCCAGGUCUGCAGCUGUGGAACUCUAGAUUUUUUAAGGACACAUCUCUUUGCCCUUGCUUACAUAUCUACUGGGACAGCCGAGGCUCCCAACCCUCCUCCAGACACCUGGCCACGUUAGAAAGGGGUGGUGGGCCCUGCCCAUGGUAAUGGGGACCCUUCCUGGCCUGUGAUUUUCUGAGCCAGUGAUGCCAGGGCCCCUGCCUGUUGUGGGGCUCCACCCAAAGCAGGUUCACACCAGGACACACCUGGCACCUUUGGCAUUGCCUCCCUGUGCCCUAAGCAAUAUCCCAGUGUUGCACCCAGGAGCCCACGCUGGGCACACCAGGGCUUUCCCCUUCCUGGCUGCGCCUCCAGAGUUGACGUCAGCUCCACACCCACACUGCCAAGACAAACCAAAAAGAUGCUCUGGGCUCCAGAGCCACCGUCCUCCUAGGGCCCCAGAGAGCUUGCAAACCCAGGCUGCCUCUCCUUCUGUCCACCCCUCGCCACCUGGCCCCCAAAACUCCCACCCCCAAACCUGACACUGCCGUGAUUUAGAGGAAACAAGGACACAGCAGGGACUGCCCCACCUGCUGCACGCUGCCUCGAGGCCUUCUGUUGCUGCCCACACCUCCCUGGGCAGUGCUUCUAAAGGUGCCAGAGCCUCACCACAGUGCCACUCUGAUUGGGCAGGGGCUUCCCUCAGCUUCCCAGAGUGCACAUCUGAAGGUGCCUACCCUGGGUGAGGGGCUGGUGGGCAGGAAGGUAGAGGGGAGACCAUCUGAGCAGCCACCACCCACUCCCCAGUGCCUCUGUAUGGCCCUUUCCAGGGACACCCACGGGCAUGCGCACAUGGCAAUCCUGACCACCACCUGAGCACAGGUGCCCCCUUGGGACCACCCCCCCUUCUCUUUGUUUCCAUCAGAGUAACCAAAAGCAUUUAAACGUGUUAUCGUUCUCCAUCCAUCUAGACUCCAGAAACAAAAAUCAACACAAAUCUUUAUUUUUUGAUUUAAAAGAUAUAACAAAAAAUUAUGGGGAGAGUAUUCAUUAUGGCAGGUGUCUGUCUGUAAGAAAAAAAUAUAUAUCUCUAUGUCAUAUAGCGUGUUAGCAGGUUUAUUUUUUAAAUGAAAGGUAAGAAAGAUUGAUUUGAAAUAUAUACCACGAGAAGUCCCGUGUCCUGUCAAACUGUCAGUAUUUUAUAAAUAAACUUUUUUUUUU